AUAGUUGAAUUUGUCACCAUCUUUUUCUUCAACCAUGUGUCGGCAUCUCAGUUGUCUAUAAGCAAAUUAAGGUUUGGGUGGUGAUGAGGUCGGAGGGACCCCAUUGUACAAGGGAAUUGAGAAAUAUUUGGAAUUAUGAAAGGCAAUCGAGUAGUGCGGUCGUGUCACCAGAGCCGUCUCGUUCUUGCCUGACUCAAAACACCCACAAAGCCAUUGACAACGUACUCUCGACAGUCGACACCUAUGCGCCAAUGCAUGAUGGUUGGGUUUUAAAGGAAAUGGGGAGAGGCAAGGUUCAGUUGAAAAGAAUUGAGAACCCAACAAACAGGCAAGUUACCUUCUCAAAGAGAAGAAAUGGGCUUCUCAAGAAAGCUUUUGAGUUGUCCAUUCUUUGUGAUGCUGAAGUUGUCUUGCUUAUCUUCUCUUCUUCUGGAAAGGUUUACCAGUUUGCAAGUCAUGACAUGGAUAGGACUGUUGCAAAGUAUAGAAGGGAAGUAGGGCUGCCUGAUUCAAGUAACCCCCAAUUUAGAACCAUGGAGUUUUGGAGAAGUGAGAUUGAUGAGUUAAAUAGAUCCAUAAACACCUUGGAAGCUAGACUUAAGCACUUAUCUGGAGAAGACAUCUUAGCAUUAGGCAUGAGAGACUUGAAACAGCUUGAGCGCCAGUUGAAAAUAGGCGUUGAACGUGUCCGCUCCAGAAAGAGACGCAUUGUUUCGGAUCACGCCACCUUGCUGAAGAGAAGGCACAAACAAUUGCAAGAGGAGAACAGUCGCCUCCAUAAAAGAGUUAAGUUGAAAGAGUUACAAGAUGGCAAUAUCAGCUCAGGACUUGUGGGUGAAAAUGCUUGCACCAUGUUUCAUCAAAGGAUCGUUCAUGAAGAAGAUUUCCAUAACGAAACAGGCCUCCCACUAUGAGCGGAUAUAUGCAUCUGGAUGUCACCGAUGUCACCGGCGUUACUAUUGCAUAAUAUUUAGUUGACGUACGGUGCUCAUAUCAUAGCCCUGCCCUUUUAUGUUUUAAUUUGUUUUAAAUGGCCUUUAUUGAUGGCUACCUCUAUUAUACAAGAAAUUGUGAUUCAGUAUUUUUAUAUUUAUUUUCAACCCAUGCUUCCACGUGGUACAAAA